UAUCGAUAACUGUCAUCGAUGGGACUGUUGUGUGUAGCUUUUCUUCGUUUUCUUUAAGAUCAGGAAACGAGCGUUUCCCCCUUGGAAAAUGUGUUUUUUGCGUUUUCUAGCCCAAGCCCGUGGCACGCUGGCCAGACACCUGGCGGAGGCGUUUCCCAUUGCUUGGGCCGCUGCUCCUCCAGAUUCCGGCCGGACCCUGCACUUGGUGAUGGGCAAUGAGUCCUGCGACCUGGACUCGGCCGUAUCAGCUGUCACUUUGGCCUUUGUCUACGCUCAAAGGCACUUGGAACACGACUAUGUGCCCAUCCUGAACAUUCCACGACGGGAUUACCCCCUAAAGACAGAGGUUGGCCAUAUGUUCGGCCAGUGCGGAAUUCUCGAGUCCGUGCUGCUUUUUCGCGAUGACUUGCCCGGCGAAAUGGCCCCGGAUGUAAGUGUAAUCCUUGUGGAUCACCAUGUCAGCCCGCUGGCACGGAAUGUGACGGAGAUUCUAGAUCACAGACCGCUGGAUGAGAGCAGUCCGUCCCUCCAGUUGCUGCCCUCCAGCUGUGAGCGGAGAAUUGAUGCGUCCGUUGGUUCCUGUGCCACCUUGGUGGCCGAGCGUUAUCUAGCCGAGGAGCAGCCUCGCUCCUUGGGCGUAGCUCGGCUGUUGCACGCCACCAUCGUUCUGGACACUAUCAACUUUUCAUCGGCGGCUAAGCGUUUCGGGCCAAAGGAUCAGGCCAUGGUGGAGCAGCUGGAGAAGGAGUUGAAUUGCCAGACGGCCCAAAGAACAGUCCUCUUCGAUGAGCUGGUGGCCGCUAGGGCGGAUAUUAGCACCCUUACCCUUACCGAGGUGUUGCGCAAGGAUAUGAAGACCCUGCACACAGAUCGACAGGUGGUUCCCAUGGCCGGCAUGCCCAUUCUUGUCCGGGACUUUGUGGCAAAGAGCGGUGCCGAGAAGGCAGUGCGGGAGUUUGCCGCAGGAAGUAAUCUCCUAGUAAUUCUGGGCAUGUGGGUAGCACCCGCCGAUGGCCAAGUGCAGCGUGACGUAGCCCUGAUCUCUCUCAACGGACAGACUCAGCUGGUGGAGCGGGUCCGACUGGCCUUGGUCGAAUCCAGCGAUCCCAAGUUGGAGCUGCAGCCCCAUGAGCCGGACCCGCCUUGCUUUAUGGGUGGUUGUUUCCUACGCCAGCACAAUGUCCAGGCCACCAGGAAGCACAUCCUGCCCAUCGUGAAGAGAGCGCUGCAGGAAUGGGAGGCGGAGCAUAGCUGUGACUGCGAUGAUGUUUACUUUUUCAAGGAGAAGCCGCAGCUGGGACUUUCCUAAACCGAAGACAAGACUUAGCUAGAAUUGUAGUCAAAAUCUUUAAUGUUAUUUACGUAGUUCACUUAAGUUUACGCCAGGAAUGAGUGGAAACCUAGCAUUUAAGUUGUUCGAAUUGGAACAGGCAACCGAUAUACAGGAAAUAAGAGUCUAGACCAGUGGUCGCAACGUUUUCAUACCGCUUUCUGCUAUUAAGCUCUCGACUAGAAGGCGGAGGGAGGCAUGGAUAUCAGUAUUGAACAAUGGGAACUACAUUGACAUUGACAUUUGGCAGCAGAAGGGUAAAAUUUGGGUUGGAAAUACAUCCUUGGAAAACCCCCCAGGAUAAAUGUCGAUACUCGUUUAGUUUCCUAGCUCUUUAUGUGGAUUAAGUGAAUAUGUACAGGGCAUACCACGGAGGGGUAAAAAAAAAGCAAAGAGAAGUGUUGUAUAAAUAAACAAAUUAUAACUGAG